AUGAUGGCUGGUCCAUCUAAUGCAAAAGGAUCUACUUUCAUUCAAGUAGAUGUUCAUUACGAUGGAAUAUUUUCCCCCAAUCCUCUUAUCUACUACAUGAAUCAAAAUACUUCAAUUACAGAUGCCGAUUUUGGUGGAUUAAAUUUCAAGGAGUUCAUUUAUGUUCUUGAAGAUGUCACAAAGGGGAAGUGUCCUGAUGUCUACUACUGUCUUGGGCAUAAGUCGAUGCGUGAUGGGUUGAGACCACUGACAAAUGAUGAUGACUACACGAGGUUUCUUGAUACUGCAAAUGGUAACGAGGGAAAGAUCAAUGUAUAUGUUGAUCACUACAAUGAACCGGUAUUUGAAUGGAUAGAGGAAGAAAAGGAAGAAGAAGGUGUUGAUAGUGAAAGCUCUGAUGAAGAUAAGGACUCGGUCAUGUCUGAUGCUCUAUCUGUUGAUCAUGAACCCGAUGAAGAGGUAAUACCAUUGACUAAGUCUGAUGAUCCCUUUCUUAACCAUAUUAGUGUUGUCCAAAGAGAUGAUUUUGUUGAUGAGGAUGAUGAUUCAGAUAAUGGAACCAAACAAGCCCCAAUUUAUCCUUUUCAUGACACAACUCACAAAUGGGAUACAAUGCAACCCAUCCUUGGACCAAGUACUAAACCUAAAAAGAAGAAGGGUAAACAUGUUCCUGAUGUUGAAGAUGAGUUUGAAUCUGAGAUUGAAGAGAUGGCUGAAUUUGAAGAUGAGUAUGAAUCUGAUAUUGAAGAGGUGGCUGAAGAAGGAGAAAUGGAACCUGUUGUUGAACCUGAUCAGGAACAAGUUGUUGAACCUGAAAUGGAACAUGUUUUUGAACCUGUUGUUGAAGUGGAACAUGUUGAGGAACAAGUUGUAGUUGAGGAACAAGUUGCAGUUGAACCUGUGAUUGAAGAUGUUGAGGAACAAGUUGCACAACCUCUUGUUGAAGUUGAACAAGUAGCACAACCAUUGAAGAGGCAAAGGAGAUACUCAGAGAGGAUCACCGAAAUGGCAUUGAAGAGGGUUGUCAUCACCAAGGAUGGAAGUGGUUUAAGUGUGACUAAACCUGUUACUCUGGAAUGA